GAAAUGUGAUUUUCCAAUUUUCAGAUUUCGGCACUCACGAAUUCUUCAAUUUUGCUGUAACGUGUGAAAACUGAAGGCAAUUUAAACAAAGACCGGCAAGAAAUAAUCUCACAAAAAAUAUUUAGUAAAUUCAAAGCAUUAUUUUGAUCAAUUGUUAAAAAUGGAAGAUAACAAUAUAAAUGAUUCACCCGCCGAUCAUCAGAAACCUAAAGAAGAAUUCCUCCCAAAGAAGAAAAAUAAAAAUAAAAAAAAGCGUGGUAAGGGAGAUGGUGAUAAUCUUGGUUCAGGAUCUGCUGAUGGACUUAUAUCUUUAUCAAAUUCCGGGGAAGUUCCUCAAAAUAUUUCUCUAAAAGAUUUGAAGAUGGCUAUGGAGGUAUUAAAUUUAGAGCAAAAACCAGCUAAAACAACUGAAGAGGCUCUACACAAGUCCUACCAGUUCUGGUCAACUCAACCAGUACCAAAGAUGUAUGAAAAGAUUAUUACUAACGAACCUAUAGAACCACCGAAAGCUGUGGAAGAAAUACGAUCGGAACCUUAUUCUUUGCCUGAAGGAUUCCAAUGGGACACUUUAAAUUUGAACGAACCUCUCGUUUUGAAAGAGUUGUACACUCUAUUGAAUGAAAAUUAUGUUGAAGAUGAUGACUGCAUGUUCCGCUUUGACUACCAGGCCGAUUUUCUUAAAUGGGCUCUUCAACCACCUGGCUGGAAAAUGGAAUGGCAUUGCGGUGUCCGAGUAGUGAAAUCUGGACGUUUAGUUGGUUUUAUAUCAGCCAUACCAGCUCAAUUAAGAAUAUAUGACCAGAUACAGACCGUUGUGGAGAUUAACUUUUUAUGUGUCCAUAAAAAACUCCGUUCCAAAAGAGUGGCACCUGUUCUUAUUAGAGAAAUAACUAGAAGAGUUAACCUGCAAGGAAUAUUCCAAGGAGUCUAUACUGCCGGUAUUGUUCUACCUAAGCCAAUAGGCACUUGUAGAUAUUGGCAUAGGUCACUUAAUCCAAAAAAGUUGAUUGACAUCAAAUUUAGCCACUUAUCAAGGAACAUGACUAUGCAAAGAACACUCAAACUUUUUAAGUUGCCCGAUGCUCCAAAAACUGUUGGCUUCAGGAAAAUGGAAGUGAGAGAUAUUGAUAUGGUAGUUCAGCUUCUAAAUACUUACCUUAUGAAGUUUGAUCUGGUACCGAUCUUUUCUGAAGAAGAAUUUAGACACUGGUUUACACCACAAGCUGGGAUUAUUGAUAGUUUUGUUGUGGAAGCAGUGGAUGGAACCAUUACUGACUUUGUUAGUUAUUAUACCUUGCCAUCUACUGUUGUUUAUCAUCCGGUGCACAAAAAUCUGAAGGCUGCAUAUUCAUUUUAUAAUGUUUCUACAAAAACCCCUUGGAUGGAUUUGAUGCUUGAUGCAUUAGUGACUGCAAAAAAUUCUGGGUUUGAUGUUUUUAAUGCUCUCGAUCUUAUGGACAACAAAGAAUUUUUGGAACCAUUAAAAUUUGGUAUAGGUGAUGGAAAUUUACAAUACUAUUUAUAUAAUUGGAGAUGUCCUAGUAUAACUCCUAAUAAAAUUGGUUUAGUUCUUCAGUAACAAAAUUAUGAUAACAUUAUAAGCAAUAAUAUAUUGUAAUAUUUAUCUAAAAGAAAAAAGUAUUUGUGACUUUC